AUGUUGAGCAUCAGUGGUUCCGAGUCAGAAAAUGAGGCCGAUCGCAUCAGAUUCUGCGGUGCUUUGUUCCGAGAAACAUGGAAGGUGCCAUCAUGGAUGGGUUGGACAGCAGGAGGCCUGUUAUGUGCAAGUUGCAUAAGUUUGAUGUUGACUGGCAUGGAAAUCCGACGCUUGUUGGCGGCAGUGUCAGCUUGGCGAAUGGGCCCGGCACCGCCACAAGUGACAGAUCAUCAUGCAGUUUGUCCUUGUGAUUGCGAACGCGGUUCUUCUGAUGAAUUUUCCGAAGAAUUAGACCGUUGCCGUGCAGGUGGAAAAUGUUUCUUUGGCAACGGCUGGUGCUCUCGCACCGUCCCGUCCUUUGAAACUUCAGAACGUUUUCCGCACUCCGCCAUGAGAAGUUGCCAGAAGAGACGUUGCGGCGGCCCCCGGGCGCACAGUUUUAACGUGACCUGCGAUCGUGGCAACGAUCCGCCAUUUGCGGUGGAUUGGUUGGUGCGACAUUUUGGAAGUCAGGUGCGCGGACUUCUGAAAGAUGGUGCUGCAGGUGUCAACCGCCAUUUGAAUGCUCCAGGUGGGGCGCUAGAUGCCAAUGGUUUUCAUGGUUUGCAGUUGGUUGUGAGUGAUGAUUUGGUCGACACUCUUGAGGUGCAGUUGGAUCGUCUAUCAGUGGUGUGGCGAAUCGGUUGCUGGCCACCUGCGCGUUACGUGGUCGCUGGUGGCAUUCUCCGUGUGAGAUCUGGAUGGGUGCGACUCGCAGCUGGUGAUUUUACCUUGGAGGUCCAUCUGUCUGAUGGGAUCGUGUGGUUCACGGAUCUGCGCGUAGAGAUCAGCUGCCCGGAAGGCGUCUUCACCAUCGAUGGAUUUGGAGACGGGGCCUUGAACACCGGGGCCCUCUCCACGGCUUCGUUGAAGCUGGCGCCUGAAACCAAAGUGUCAGGAAUUCGAUGCAGCGGUGGUUGGGGGCUCUGGUGCUGGUGGGUAAGACAUCUCGCACCUGAGUCUUUCGUGUGGGAGCAGUUGCCAACCAUUCUGGUUGACGUGAUCCAAAGUUUCACCGGCUUCGCCUUGGCCAACGGCUGCCAUCUGAGCCGCAACAGCUUCGCCUUGCUGCCCUACGUCCACAAAGAGUGCUGCGAGGAGAACUACCGGAGCGACCACAACGGAUGCCUGGUGGGAGGUCAGUUCAAUGGCAGGUUCAUGCCGCAAGGCCCAGUUGAGGGAGUGGAUUGUGCCUACAACAAGGACUUGAUGUCUUUCCAGGCAAGAUGUGAGGCAGUUCCUGGCAGCUACACCGAGAAGUCGCCGGGUGUCUGUUGGGAGGUGGGUCUUCCCUGGCGCCCACCGACGUAUCCCAACUUCGAUGGGCAAGCCAUCAAAAGGCAAGUGUGGCAAAGCGUGCAACGGCUGCUGCUGGCAGAGCUGACGAUUUCGAUGGCCCUGUGGACCAUUCCUCUGAUACUUCUGGCCAAGGGUGCUUUGGUCUUUCGACGAACUUCCCAACGGGAAUUUAUCCGCUUGACGCCGCGGCUGCCGGCUGCGACGGUUGCAGCCAUGGCGGCGUACACAGUGGCUUUCCAGGGCGAAAAAGGUGCUUACAGCGAGCAAGCGACCUAUGCCUUGAUGGGCCGGGAAGGAGUGGAAGCCGUGGGCUAUCCAUCCUUUGAUGAAGCUUUUGCGGCGAUCAGCAACGGCAAGGUGCAUUUGCUGCUGGUGCCCAUUGAGAACACACUGGGCGGGACCAUCCACGCCAACUGCGAUUUGCAGUUGCAGCACAAUCUCUUCAUUAUCGCUGAACACAAUCUCCGGAUCCGCCACGCCCUGCUUGCGUUGCAUGGGUCCAAGAAGGAAGAGUUGAAGAAGGUGAUUUCGCACCCGCAAGCUCUGGCACAGUGCAACUCCUACUUGAAGUCCAACGAUUUGGUGGGUGAAGCGGCGUAUGACACGGCCGGCAGCGCCAAGCUUAUUGCUGAAGGCCAGCUGAAGGGCGUUGGCGCCAUCUGCAGCGAGCUGGCUGCUGAGCACUUCGGGUUGGAGGUGCUGGAGAAAGGCAUUGAAGAUGAUCAGAACAACUUCACUCGCUUCAUCCUGCUGCGGGCGCAUCCUGUGAGCUUGCCUCCGGGUGUUCCAUGCAAGACAUCCAUCGUUUUCUCCCUGGAUAACAUCGCAGGUGCUUUGUUCAAGGCCUUGUCAGUUUUUGCCCUUCGGGACGUAGACCUCUCCAAGAUCGAGAGCCGGCCAUGCAAAACGGAUAUCAUGUCCAAGUUGGAGCGGCUCUACCUGAGCAUGUCCAGCGUGGACAUCACCAGGGCCAAAAGGCAUAAGUCCAGUGAUGAAAACCGUUUCCGAUAUCUUUUCUACGUCGACUUUUUGGCUUCCGUGGAAGAUCUCAACGUGUCGAAUGCCUUGCGACACCUGCAGGAGAUGACGACCUUUUUCAGAGUGUUGGGAUCCUUCCCUAGGGCUGGCUCCUUGGUGGGUCUGGAACACCUGGGCAAUCGCAUCGCGAUGCCGAUCACUCCUUCCAAGCCGCCCAAGAAGCGGAUCGGAGUACUGGGCUUUGGUACUUUUGGCCAAUUUAUAGCUAAAAAACUUUCGCUGGAGCAUGAUGUCUUCGCGUCAAGCAGGGAGAACUAUUCCAACAUUGCUUCAAAUUGUGGCGUGACUUGGUGUGAUUCCCUUGAUGAUCUGCUGGACCAACAGCUUGAUGUUCUCAUCAUCUCAGUCAGCAUAUUGAGCUUUGAAGGAAUUGUGCGACGAGUUUGCAGCAGCAUAGCUGCCAAAGAUGCUAGCGAUUUGUCCCAGCGAUUGCUUGUGGUCGAUGUGCUUUCCGUGAAGGUCCACGCAAAAACCACCUUGCUGUCCCUGCUCCCGGAGAGCUGUGACAUUCUUUGCACACAUCCGAUGUUUGGUCCACAAAGUGGCAAGCACGGCUGGACCGGCUUGCCUUUCGUCUUUGAGCGGGUAAGGCUCAACAAUGCCAGGAGAUGUGAAGACUUCCUGAAGUGGUGGGAAAGACAAGGCUGCCGGAUGGUGGACAUGACCUGCGAGCUGCACGACGAAGUGUCAGCUGGCAGUCAAUUCGUGACCCACCUGACUGGUCGAAUCCUGGAACGCUUGUCGUUGCGGACGACGCCCAUCGAUACGAAGGGCUUCGAGUCGUUGCUGCAGCUUGUGGACAACACCUGUGCAGAUAGUUUUGAUUUAUUCUUUGCGCUUUUCAAGUACAACCCCAAUUCGGCCGAGCAGCUGGCUGCGAUCGAGGGGGCUGUCAAGGACGUCUCGUCAAAAUUGCGCGACAAAUGCAAAUGAUGGUCCUGAGCGGGUUUUCCAACACUAGUGGCUUUGGCAUGCCUUCGCAUGCUGCCAGUGAAAUCACACAGCUGGCCACGGCGACUGCGCGUGCAAUAA